ACUCUGAUGCUUAUCAACAACGCGUGAAGAUUGCAGUAAGGAUCCUCCCUGGAAGGCGAGGAGGAGCAACUUCCAGGGGGCUGGGAGGAGGUGGAGUGCAGCGCGGCUCUCGCCUAUAAGGAGGUGCCCAGCGAGCGGCUGGUGCUUCCCACCCAGCCGCUGCUCGCAAGGUGAAUCGCCGCGGCGGCAGUCGGGGCAGCGGGUUCGGCUCGGGCACUGCCGCCGGCGUCCGGAGCGGCUCCUCCAAGGGCUGCGAAGAGUCCCCCGGCCGGCCCCGGCUUCCCUUCACCCGGAGUGCUUGGAUGCUGUAUGGAGUAAAUGAGCGGAGGCAGAGCGGGCGCACAGAGGCUGAGAGGCGCUCGGAGACCGGGACCAGGGGAGACAGGCGGGCGGCUGGCUUCCCCCUCCGGGGCUGAAGAUGGAUUCCCGAGCCCUCGGGGGCUUCACUCUGCUGCUCUUCACUUUAUGGCAUCUGGGAUUAACUGCAACAAAUUAUAAUUGUGAUGAUGCAUUGGUGUCUCCCUUACCUUCAGCUGCCCUUACCAGUUCCUCCGAGCUCUUCAGUACCCACAGUCCCAGCUUUGCAAAACUCAACAGGCGAGAUGGAGCUGGUGGCUGGUCCCCUCUGGAGUCUAACGAGCAGCAGUGGCUGCAGGUUGAUCUGGGAGACAGAGUGGAGAUCGUGGCGGUAGCCACCCAGGGCAGGUACGGCAGCUCGGACUGGGUGACCGGCUACGCACUGAUGUUCAGCGACACCGGCCGCAACUGGAAGCAGUACAGACAGGACGACGCCGUCUGGGUUUUCACAGGGAACAGCAAUGCUGACGGUGUGGUUCACCACAAACUGCUGCACUCCAUGAAAGCUCGAUUCUUGCGCUUCAUACCCCUCAAGUGGAAUGUUGGUGGGCGGAUAGGACUGAGAGUUGAGGUCUUCGGCUGCUCUUACAAGUCAGAUAUUGCAGACUUUGAUGGCAGAAGUUCACUUCUCUACAGGUUCAAUCAGAAGCUUAUGAGCACGUUCAAAGAUGUAGUUUCCUUGAAGUUCAAGAGCAUGCAGGGGGAUGGAGUCUUAUUCCAUGGAGAAGGACAGCGUGGAGACUACAUAACCUUGGAACUACAGAAAGGGAAGCUCUCCUUGCACCUCAACCUAGGGGACUCCAACCUGCACUACAGUAACAGCCACACGUCUGUCACCUUGGGCAGCCUCCUGGAUGACCAGCACUGGCACUCAGUUCUCAUAGAACGCUUCAACAAGCAAGUGAACUUCACAGUGGACAAGCACACCCAGCACUUCCGAACAAAGGGGGAUUCAGAUCACUUGGAUAUUGAUUAUGAGCUCAGUUUUGGAGGGAUUCCUGUCCCGGGGAAGCCAGGAACCUUUCAGAGGAAAAAUUUCCAUGGGUGCAUUGAGAACCUUUAUUACAACGGAGUCAAUAUAAUUGACCUGGCCAAAAGACGCAAACCUCAGAUCUAUACUGUGGGGAAUGUGACCUUUUCUUGCUCAGAACCACAAAUUGUUCCCAUCACCUUUGUGAGUGCCAGUCGAAGCUACUUGCUGCUGCCCGGCACUGCUCAAAUUGAUGGUUUGUCAGUGAGCUUCCAGUUCCGAACAUGGAAUAAAGAUGGCUUGCUUCUGUUCACCGAGCUGUCUGAAAACUCAGGACAUCUCUUGGUUUACCUCCAUGGUGGGAGAUUGAUGCUACUUAUUCAAAAGGAGACUGAGAACCCUGUGGAAAUCUCUGAAGGCACUAAUCUCCACGACGGGCUUUGGCAUUCUGUUAACAUCAAUGCCAGAAGGCAUCGCAUUACUCUGACGCUGGAUAGCGACGCUGCCACCGCCAGCCAUGCAACCACUGUCUCACGGAUCUACUCUGGGAACAGCUACUAUUUUGGAGGGUGCCCCGACAAUUUCACCGAUUCCCAGUGUUUAAAUCCCAUUACUGCUUUUCAAGGCUGUAUGAGGCUCAUCUUUAUUGAUAACCAGCCCAAGGACCUCAUUUUAGUUCAGCAAGGCUCCCUGGGGAAUUUUAGUGAUUUACACAUUGAUCUGUGUGGCAUCAAAGACAGAUGCUUACCCAACUACUGUGAACAUGGAGGACAAUGCUCCCAGUCCUGGAGCACCUUUUACUGUGACUGUAACAAUACAGGCUACAUGGGAGCCACCUGUCACAACUCUGUCUAUGAGCAAUCCUGCGAGGCUUACCGACACCAAGGGAAGACAUCAGGUUUCUUCUACAUCGAUUCUGAUGGAAGUGGACCACUGGGACCGCUCCGUGUUUUUUGCAAUAUAACAGAAGAUAAGAUCUGGACUGAAGUGCAGCACAACAGCACAGGGCUGACCAGAGUGCAAGGAGCUGGUCCAGAGAAGCCCUACACCAUGUCCUUCAACUACAGCAGCAGUGCAGAGCAGCUGGAGGCCGUGAUCAACAGUGCUGAGUACUGCGAGCAGGAGGCAGCCUACCACUGCAGGAAGUCACGGCUCCUCAACACCCCGAAUGGAAUGCCAUUUGCUUGGUGGGUUGGCCGUGCCAAUGAAAAGCACCUUUACUGGGGAGGAUCCCUUCCGGGCAUUCAGCAGUGUGCCUGUGGAUUGGAAGAAAGUUGUCUGGAUAUGAGAUAUUUUUGCAACUGUGACGCAGAUAGAGAAGAAUGGACAAAUGAUACCGGCCUCCUUGCUUUCAAAGACCAUUUGCCUGUAACUCAGAUUGUGAUCACUGACACAAACAGAUCAAAUUCUGAGGCUGCUUGGAAAAUCGGCCCUUUGCGUUGCUAUGGAGACAGGCAGUUCUGGAAUGCUGCUUCCUUCAACACAGAGGCCUCCUACCUGCACUUCCCCACGCUCCACGCCGAGGUCAGCGCGGACAUCUCCUUCUUCUUCAAAACCACCGCCCUAUCCGGGGUAUUCUUGGAAAACCUUGGGAUUAAAGACUUCAUAAGAAUUGAAAUAAGCUCCCCCAAGGAGAUCACCUUCUCCAUAGAUGUUGGGAAUGGCCCCACAGAAGCCACUGUGCAGUCUCCCACACCCCUCAAUGACAACCAGUGGCACUACGUCCGGGCAGAGAGGAACCUCAAGCAAACCUCUCUGCAGGUGGACAACCUCCCCAAGAAGGUCCUGGAGGCCCCUGCUGAGGGACACUUCCGCCUGCAGCUCAACAGCCAGUUAUUUGUAGGGGGAACAGCUUCCAGACAGAAGGGCUUUUUGGGAUGUAUUCGAUCUCUGCAUUUAAAUGGACAGAAACUUGACCUCGAGGAGAGAGCUAAAAUGACACCUGGUGUAAAACCUGGGUGCCCAGGACAUUGUAGCAGUUAUGGGAACCUGUGCCAUAAUGGAGGGAAAUGUGUGGAAAAGUAUAAUGGUUACUUCUGUGACUGUACCAACUCGGCCUAUGAAGGACCUUUCUGCAAGCAGGAGGUGUCUGCAUUAUUUGAAGCUGGCACUUCUGUUACCUAUACUUUCCAAGAACCUUAUCCUGUCACAAAGAAUGCAAGCACCUCAAGCUCUGCGAUUUAUGUGGAUGCUGUCGUGUCCAAGGAGAAUAUUGCAUUCAACUUUCUCACAGCACACACUCCAAGCCUUCUGCUGUACAUCAACACCUACUUUCAUGAAUAUUUGGCUGUGAUUCUCUCCAAGAAUGGAAGCUUACAGGUCCGAUACAAGCUCAGUAAGGAUGGGCUCCUUAUUUUCACCAUUGACUCUGGAAAUUUUGCCAACAGAGAGCUGCACCGUGUGAGGAUUAACAGGGAAGGCAGAGAGCUCGUCAUUCAGGUUGAUCAAGUUCUCAAACUCAAACACAACUUUUCUGAGAUUGAUUUCAAGGCCAUUAAGUCACUCACCUUGGGCAAGGUCACAGACAGUUUGUCCCUGGACCCUGAAGUCUCCAAGGCAAAUGCCUAUGGUUUCACUGGCUGCCUGUCCUCUGUUCAGUACAACCACAUCUCUCCCCUGAAGGCUGCCUUACGCCAUCCCAGCCUUGCUCCCGUGACUGUCCAAGGUUCCUUGAAAGAAUCCAGCUGUGCAUCCCUAAUGGAAGCUGACGUGAACACAGCAACCACAAUAUAUUCCUCAUCAGAUCCUUUUGGGAAGACAGAUGAAAGAGAACCUCUCACCAAUGCAGUCAGAAGUGAUUCAGCUGUGAUUGGAGGAGUAAUAGCAGUUGUGAUAUUCAUCAUCUUUUGCAUCAUUGCCAUCAUGAGCAGAUUCCUCUAUCAACAUAAACAAGCACAUCGAAAUAGCCAGAAAAAGGAGAAGGAAUACCCAGAAAACCUUGAGAGCUCCUUUAAAGCUGACAUUGACUUGCAAAACACAGUGAGCGAGUGCAAACGGGAAUAUUUUAUCUGAUGGACAAUGCAAUUUCUUCUUACUCUUCCUCCCCUAAUCUCCCUUUCUUUAUUCCUUUCUCCCUUCCUUUUUUCUUUUUGAUUUUUUUUUAACACUCAUUUUUUGCUAGCUUCUUUUUAAUUUGGAAAAGACCGCCCUGCACAGGAAACACUGAGAGCAAUCACAGUGCCUCAUUCUCUGCACAAGAACCUGGCAAUCACAGUUUACUUCUGCAGCUCAAGAGACCUGUUAUCCCAUCCUACACAAAACAAGAUCCACAUGUACACCUGGUUUCUACUGUCAGUUCUUGGAUGUUUCAAAGUCUCUACAUUUAUUUGUUGUUAUUUUUUCUCUGGAGCCAUUUAAGUCAUUGCUUUUACACUAGAGCUGGACUAUGUAAAGUACAGGUAAAGUAGUUGAACACAUAGCUCUGCAGAUACUGGGACAGGAUAGAGGGAAAGAAUGAGAUCAAAACAGCUGAUUUAUUUCAUGGGCUCAUUUAAAACAAUCAUAAAGAACCAGCCAAAUUCUCAAAUGUUAUAAAUUGAUAUAAUUGUAUAUUGAUUUGUGUUAAAUUAAUUUGUACCAGUUGAAAAGCUGGUAUGACAUAAAGGAAAAUAAAACUGUCCUCAUUAAGCUCCUUCCCCCAACCUCCUGUCCUUUUACUGUAACUUUUAGGCUUCUGAGUACUUUUCCAACAAUAUAUGUAUCAACAAUAAAUAUCAUUCCCAUGCACCUCUUUCACCUCCAUCUCAUAAGGCUGGCUACGUAGACCCAGCAUACACUAGUAUAACCCUAGCUGAAGCAUGGAAAAUAGUAGCUUGAAUCUCCAAGGGGUUUAGGAAGCUGCUAGGAUUUAGGUGCUCUAUAUUUGUCUGAAAUUUUAGAAAUGCAGCAUAUGCCUGUUCAUGCCACAUGGAGGAUUAUCACACACUGAGGUUAAACGCUGUUGGCCCUGUGGAAAAGAAAAAGAACACUGAUGAGGAAAAAAAACCAAAAUAGUUUAAUCUUAAACAUGACUCACACCUUCUGCCAGCUCUUCUAAAAAAAGAAAAAAUAAAUCCUACUGCUUAAAAAAACCUCCCAAAACAGUGUGAAAGAUUGAUUGGUGUUUUCUAUUUGUAGAAAUUGGAAUAACUUCUCCAAAACUAAAUAGAGAGAGGUCUGAGGUCAUGUCUAAAAGAUGCAUAUUUGAUAAACCUUCUUUACACGGAAGAACACUAGGGAAAGAAAGAGAUCUCAAAUACUCCAAAUUAAUCUUUGCUUUUUUUUAAAAAAAGUCUUUUGUUCUUUCCUGAUUUGGAACACUAUUGAAGAAUCAAGUUCUGUCAAUUUUAUUUAUGCUGCAUGGUUACAGUGUGAGGAUGAAAAACCUCCUUUUCAAUCACAAAUGUCCUAAGGGUAAGAAAUGAAGGAAUCCCAGCCAGUGAGGUUUUGAACACCCUGUUGUGUCCGUGUGUCAUCUGCCUUUGCAGGGCUUCUAAAGAGGAUGUAGAAUUUGCUGGUGGUAGAAUUAAGUCUAAAGUUAAGGGGAAGAAAAAUCUUAUUCAUUGCAAUACUCUUGAUUUAAUUCAGGACAAUUGAUUGUGCAACUAAAUCUCCUUCUUUGCCCUACACCCUGUGGAGUCAUCCUGGGGUUUCCACACAGUGGUCCUUUUUACAUGGAUUAAAAGUUAAGGAAUCCUGGUAGGAGGUAGUAGCCCACAGCAAACUAGAGAUGAUGUUACACUUGCAACAGGUGCUGUUUUUCCAGGCAGUCCAUUGGAAAGAUACAUAGGUGUCUAUUAGAGCUUUUUGUUUGAGUUUUGCUAUGAGAGGAGGGAGCAGACAAGGAAGAAUAAAUAAAUAAAUGACUGUUUUCAUGUAGUGAUUCUUUACCACUUCUUUUGGAUCAUUCGGGGAAGAGAAAGCAGUCUUGGAGUAUCAUUCUUAUGUGAAGAGGAAUAUGAGGCCAGCCCUAUGUCCAGAACUCUUCCCUGAACAAUUUUAUAAAGCUGUCUAUAUUGAAACUAGUUUGGUGUCAUUCUUCCUCAGCCAUGGUCAACUGCAGCCAUUUUGCCACACUGUGGCUGUUUGGGUGACACAAUUAUUUGACAGUGUUUCUGUGUGAUGAGUAUUGGAAUGAUGGAUUGAGUAGCUGAGUUCUCUUUAUGUUGCUUUGUCUUUGGUGGUAAAAUCCUGGCAAAGCAAUUAUCGUUUCUCUUUCCUUCCUGCAGAUCAAGCUGCUUUGUUUGGCAUGGCAGAAGGGAGGAAUAGGAGAGUUCAUGGGAACCUCUGCCUGUGUUUGAGUCAUCUUUUCUGAAAUGGCCUCUGUAUGAGACAUCUCUGAUGUGCUAGUGUGCUUAAUUGGCUACAUGAAGAAUGGAAUAGGAAGGUAAAAUUCUGAAAAUUUAGCUAGGUUGGGGUGCAUCUGUAAAAAGAAAAAACUUCAUAUGAAUGUAUGCAUGAGUAUACAGAGACAUGCAUCUAUGCCUGUGGAUGUACUGAGAUGGGAAGAUUUUUAUGCUACAAGGCUGAACAAAUGAACACAUUUGUAUGCACUUCUAAAUCAGGAUGUCAAAUUAUUCUUAUUAAAGAUAGCUAUAAUAUACUAAAUGAAGUACUCUAAAUAUAAACUCUUUGUUUUUUGUUUUGUUCUAAUGCUUUCUUUAGUGAGGGCAUAAUUGGAUUUCCUUCAAUACCAGUUAAAAGCAAUUAAUUUAUUUUUUAAUAAAAGGAAUACAGUUUUGAAAAACAUACUAGAGCUAAAAUUCAUUUUUCUUAGUUCAAAUUAGAACUUCUUUUCCAUCUAUUUAAAGCCAUUUCUGCUAUUUUUGUUAAUGUUUCUAUUUAAAUGGGGUGUUUUCCCUUUUCCUUUUAGCUGUCAUUCUAGAUAAGAUUUUUAAGUAAAGCCAGGGGAUAAUACUUUUUAUACAUAAAUUUUCAGAUUUCAUUUCAGUGGAAAACCUGAGACUGUGGAAGAGUUGUUUGGAGGCAGUUUGGGUCUUCUUCCUUCCCCAAGAUGAGUUUCAUAAUAAAAGUAAGGGACUGGUAGAAGGAUACUGUCUCUUUUUUUUCCUCUUGUUGAUAUGAUAUGUAACCUAUGAAAAUUAUUAUUGUUAGCCAAGCUGUGAAAUUAUGAAGUAUCUUAGAUAUGGAUUUCAGCACUGCAAAUUCCUGUUUUCCGGAAAAGACUUGACCGAUAAUAGCCAUGCUUAUCAAGGUAAUUGAGUCAUGCAGUCUGAGGUGGAUGCCCAGAAGGACUCUGUGAGUGCCAGUUCCUGGCUAAAGGAAGGCUGGAUGUCAGAAAGCUAACUCCAUCUAACUUGGCUGCCACCUGGGUGAAGGAUAGACUUUACAAGGAAUUUAGUCUCUUGAGGAUGUGGAUCAAUGCUUAAGUGACUAAACAAAAUGAGCAUUUAACUCAAAUUAAUUUCUGUGUCUGCCUUGUUGUGGAAUGUUCCAAUAUACUACAAAACAUUUAAAUACCUUUGAAAAUUGAGUCCCAUUUCUCUUUUGGAAGUAAAACUUUGGUCCUAAGUGAGUUACCUAUGUAAUUGGCAGUUAGUAUUUCAUUAAGCCAGAAUUCCCACCUGGGUAAAUAUAACUGUAAAAAUGACACAUAUAGAGCUAUAUGGUUAUGAGAGUGUGUUCAGUCAUGACGUGCCCCUGAUAUUUAAGUUAAAGCUACAACCAGAUUACAAAAAUAAGAUGCUUUCUCUCAGCUUUAUUUUAACCUGAUCUAGCUAGACUUUACUCAUCCUAUUUAUCAAUUGCUCAAUUUUUACAGUGUAAUCCAAACCCUUAUUUUAAUGAGGUCUUUGUCUAUAUUAGCAUUUAGCUGAUCACAUAUUUCACAUAUUGGGUGUGGAGCAAUCUAUAUAUCAUAUUGUUUCACUAUGGUGAGGGGUUAGGAAUCUUUUCCUAAUGAAGUCAGUUAUUGAUUUUGCUGAGUCCAAGACCUAUGAAGCACUUGCAUAUUGCUUUUAUCUUUUGGGUCUGUUUCAUUUUGCAUUUGGUUUUACCAACUGCCUGUUUCACAAUUGUCAUCCAGUCUUGUCCAGCCCUGUGGUUGGUGAGGACAGGGCAAAUGUCUCAAACAUCCUGUAAGAUUAAAUGAAUCACUAGAGAUGCCUUUUUCUCUCCAUUGAUUAUAGAAGCAGAAGCAAUAGUCUCUCCAUUGACUAUAGAAGCUAUAGUCUCCUGGCAAUAGAGGAGUUACUUCUAGCAGAAUUUGCCUAUGAAUCUGAAUUUUAUAAUAAUUUUGAAGUUCCAGUAGACACAUCUCCACAGGUAUUACAAGUAACUUUUUUUUUUACUGAGGUGACAGCUGGGGUCAAGGAAGGACACCUUGCAUCUAAAUUACUCUAAAAAUUACUCUAAACAUCUCUGCCUAGUAAAUGUAUACAUCUCCUUGUAGCCAAAUACAUGAAAAUUGGUUUUCAAAGUACCGCUUUGAGCCAGUGACAAUCUGAUCAGUAAUCUGUGGGGAAGUGGAUAAUUCUCCUUUCAGUCUGUUCUAGAUCCAACAUCCAUUUUUCGCCUCACAUGGGAGCUUUGGCAAAUAGCAUACAUGAAGCUAGAUCCACACAUUUCUGAAUCUAAAGCUAACUCAGCCCUCUCAGAUGCCUUUCUACAUGUCUGGUGCCAUUUGAGAUGAUACCGGCAUAUCUCUGCAGCUCCAGGAAUGAUGCAAGUCUCCUGUCUGUCAUAUCCUGGCAUCUGUUAACCCCAAGUACAUAUGUCCGAUACUUACUGGCUUUUCAAAUUAUAGUAAGUUCCCAUCCAGGAACCCUAAGUUCUCAAUGAGAUGAAUCGCUGAAAAAAUAAAUGCCAUCUUCAGAACAGAGUAAACCUUCCUUCUGUCAGGAAACCGGUCAGUUGACAUGCAUGCUCCACUUCAAAUUAACAAGGGUGUAGAGGAGGCAGAACUUGACCUCUUUGUGGUCCACCAUCUCAUGACACUGUUGUCUGUUGUUCCCACCUAAACAAAGUUUACCCUAAACAAGACCAGUUUCUUCUGCACUGCUGUUUUUUCACAGACACAAAAGAGGUUUUUUUUCUAUUUUAUUUUUCAGAAAGUAACCCUUUGUAAAAGACUAGAACAAAGUCUGAGACCUUGUGAGUGCUAUUUCAAAGCUUUCAUGCAGUUUUUUAAUGCCUACUUACUAAACAAGACAAAUGAUAUAGUCACACCCCUGCCAAACCAAGGGCCUUAUCCAGCAUCUUUAGAAGUUGGUGGGAGGCCUCUUGCUUGACUACAGUUAGAGUUACACCAUGCCCUUGAAGUUUUUGGGGGUUUUCUUCACAGGUUGCCAUCACAGCUUCAAAGCAUGAUUUGUUCCCUUGGGUUCUGCAGUUUGCUGCACUUUCUUUCCCAGUGGAAAGUUCUUCGUGUCCUCUUUCAGUGUGGGCGGCCCCCUCCUUUUGUACAUGAAACUUCUAAACACAUUCUUCUUUUGGGGUCUGAAGUAGCUUUUUUCUUUGUUUAUUUCAAGACAUGCAUAUAGAGAGUUUGAAUAUUUCAGUGUAUUGGUGCUUAUUUUUGUGAUCUUUUGCACUAAGUUACUCUGACAAAAACAAAAGUUGGAAAAAAAGCACACUUUCUGGUGAACUUUUGUAAUUUGUAAGCUCGUUGUUUCUUGUUUGUAAUGUGCUGAGUCUACAAGCCGAGCUGAGGAAGGAUUAAGGCAACAGUUUGUUUUGACAGCGUCACUUCAUAUCUAGUUCACCUCUGUUUUCUUCAUCCCUCCUUUUUCUUUAACAUGUGGAGCUAUCAAAUUGCUGGAAGUAGUCAGAGGAGUUUAUUUCACAGUUAUGAUUUGAUUACGAUUUUUCUCCUGUCAGUCACAGAAACCAAAAUGUCAGCUGGGUGUUCAACCAGAAGGGAGACUGCACUCCAUCGUGGAAAUGUAGUCACCUAGAGGUGGUGACAUCUAAGGGGAAAAGAGGACAUUAACACUUCAAACUACCAUUGUGAUGGGGCAGUGAAGGAGGCAAAAGCUUUUGGAAGACAUGUGCUGUUUGAAGCCAUGCAUGGUAACCAUCAGGUGGAUAUAAGGCUUUCAGGUAUUUUUCAGUGGUAGGUUUUUUUGCUGUGGAAUGAAUUGCUGCUACUUGAUCUUCCAAAACAUAGUCUUAGUUGUCCUGAUGAUCUGUAAAGUAUGAGACGUGCAUCAGAGACAUGGGAGGGGAUUUCAAAGCUCUAGCUAAUACCAGAUCCAAAUCUCCCCAGUUAGAAUGCUGGAACUCUCCCAGGUAGCCCAAAGGAGAGUUGGGGAUGGUUUCCCACAAACAAUCGUAACAUUUAAUCAAAUGUUGGAGACAACAGGUGAUCCAAAGAAUGGUGUUUGCUUAGAGACAUUCCACUCCCUGUUUAGGAUGCUUGUGGCAGCUUUUUUCUAAGCUACUGACUGCUGUUCACAUUACAACACUACUUACUUUUUGACAUGCUAGUCAUAACUCUCUUCGUAAAUUUCAAUCCCACAGCCCUAAAAAGAGUCCAUUUGGAACUAAUUCUGCAUGGGAAAUUAUUUACUCAUUUUUGCCUGCCCUUUACAGCUCCUUCUUGUGUCGUUUAGGCACAUCCUUUCCUGAUGUGUUUUGUCAUUGCCAAUGCAGCACCCAUAUUGUCAAGAAAGAAGAAGGGUUGUUUCUUAGGUAAAGCUUAGAUACAGCCAGUCACAGCCUCCCUUUCCAUUCACAACACAGUGGAAUUGAAGUUUCAGGAGCUAAGGAGAGCAAACAGGUACAUUUUUUUAUUCAGACAUCCAGUCAUAAAAAUCUCUACUCUGUGAUUUUUGCAAAUGAAAUCUGUAACACAGACCAUUAUCUCUAAAUGAUAGUGAGAACCUUAACAUUGUCGUACCUGACCUGCUUUGAAACCCCCUUUGUGAAAGAAACAAGAGACAGCUUCAGACCUGGCUGUAACCCUGUUUAGAUCAAUGUAGAUAACAUCACAGAUUAAUUUAGUCUCAUAUUGCUCCUGCUUUGAUGAUCUCCUGCAAACUGGGGCUGACAUACAUGAGUACAAGUCAGGACCUCAUGUUUGUCAUCCCUUACUGCUGUCAAUAAGAGUUGCAUUCACUGAAAUUAUGUUGUUUUCUAGCAGAACUAUGGAUAAAAUUUGGGAUAAGGCAAUGAACUUCAACUCCACAAUGCCCAUGAUAUGGCUAAAGUUACCUUCAGGAGUUUCUAAAAUUUGUGUUUUGGGAAGGUUCUCUGGGUGGUGUCUUGUCAACCAAUUCAGGAGCCAGCACACUAGCACUGGAAGGAUUUUGUGGGAUUUUAAUGGAUGAAGGCACCCUUAAAAACAAAAACCAAAAGAAAGAGCGAAAUGGCAGCUGAGAUUAGGUAUUUGUAAUAAUAAAAAAUUGGUUCUUUCUGCAGAUGAGCCCUUCAUCAUUCAUUUUACUUUGUUCUACUCAAAUUUUAUUAAAUAAAUCUCUCAGAGCUCUGUUCAUUUUAUUAGCAAAGCAAAAAAAUAAAACUUUUUUUUAAUGGUUUGUCCAAGGGUAAAGCAAGAGUCUCUCAGUUACAGUAAAAAGCAAAAUGGAGAUUUAGAUUAUUCCCCUUUCACUAUCUGGUUUUCUAAAGAGAAUUCCACAGGACGUUGCCUCAGUCUAAGUCAGUUUUGUAGACAAUGUAACAUGUCUUAAUACCCUGUUAAGGGAUUGAAAAAAUUUAGCCUUAGCUUCUUUUGUUUUCUAUGGUUACUGUUGUACAGAAGAAAGACUUAAACUGUAAGUAAUGUAUAUUUAAUAAAAAGAGACUUUUUGUAUGAUUUUGUGUCGAAGA